GGAAAGUCUCAGGUCAGUGGUGACGGUACGAGCUUGUUGGCGGGGCUCCGUGCAACCGUGUGCUCAGGCAGGGCGAGAUCUUAUUUUAUUUUUUACUAAAUGUUUUCUAAAUGCUUACAUAGCAGAGGUUCUGUGUCAAAAUGGCGCUCGCACGGAUGAGGAACGCGAAGGGUGCCAACGCCACUGAGAUAGAAAAGAAAAUCAAAAGAGGUAAUGCUUUGAGGCAGGGAUCUGCAUGGAGGGGCUACCGAGGAUUUAUGGCCUUGCUGCUGUUCGCUCUGUCUGUGUGCGGGGCGGCUACGUGGAUGUACCUGACCUCUCUGGACCGGGACAUCACAGAGACACUGGUCAGGCAGCGUGAGCUGGUCUCUCCACAGCCCAGAGUCUAUACCGUCCAGUGCUCUGAAGACUACGAGAACUACAAACGCUAUCCAGGAUGCACCCCUCAGAGGUGUGGCCGCGCGGUCACCGACAGCGUGGUAACGAGGGACGAGGCGCAGGCCCUCAGGAGGCUGGCUGAGAGGGGGCUGGCACUGGCCGGUUCAGAAGGAGGAGCAUCCAUACUAGACCUGCACUCUGGAGCGCUGUCGAUGGGAAAACAGUUUGUCAACAUUUACAGGUACUUCGGGGAUCUCAUCGGGGAUGUGUUCACCCAAGAGGAUUUCGAGCUUUACAGAGAUGUACGUGGGCGAAUCCAGACAGUCAUCGCCGAGACCUUUGGUUUGGACCCAACUCUGAUGUACCUCACCAAGCCCACCUUCUUCUCCAGAAUCAACAGCACUCUGGCCAAGACCCAACACGAUGAGUACUGGCACCCACAUAUCGAUAAGGUGACCUAUGGCUCUUUUGACUACACCUCUCUUCUGUACCUGUCUGACUACGGCUCCGACUUCAGCGGAGGAAGAUUCAUCUUCAUGGACCAAAAUGGAAACCGGACGGUGGAACCGCGGGCAGGACGAGUCACUUUCUUCUCCUCCGGCUCGGAGAACCUCCACCGCGUGGAGAAGGUGGCGUGGGGGACGCGCUACGCCAUCACCGUGUCCUUCACCUGCGACCCUGCGCACUCCAUCUCCGAUCCCGCCCUGCCCUGAGGCACCCGUGGGUAACGGCACUGCACACUGGCUUGGACAAACCCUGUAACGGAAGAGGGGGAACAGGGCGGAAGGACAAGUGGAGGGAUGAGGAGGGAGGGGGAAGGAAAAGAAGAGAGAUUUUAUAUCGAGUUUUCACUGCCGACCUUGAUCAGCUGUACACUGUCAAAUCUGUUAGAUAUUGACCUGCUGCCCCUUAAGGAUUGUGCUACAGAACAAAACUCACCCUCUUCUCUGAAGAGAUGAUUUCUUACUCGCUACUGGCCCUUGUCUUUUUACCCCACGUUCUAAAGCAGUUGCUUCUUUUUUUUAUUGCACCAUCUUAAUUAUUGUAUUUUACUAGGCAUGCUUGGGUUCCCUGGCUGGUUUCCACAAUCUGCUCUUUUUGAUCACUUUGGCGACGGAUUGAGUGGAAAUCGCUUCUCAACUGAAAACGGUCUCCCAAGUGAUAUUGUGUAUUUUCUCCUCGCCGCGUGUUUUUCGUUUUGAGGCGAGCUAUCAAUUCCGUGCAGGAGAAGAGAUAUAGAUCUGGUGACUCACCUACUGAAUCAACCACUCGUCUCAAGAUCCCGGCUCAAACUCGCCUCCACCCGUGAUGCAGGAGGUGUUUUCUUCUAAGAAGAACCCUCUCCUUUUUGUAAGAGUGAAUGCUCCUUCUGUCAUGUUACCAUUUACUUCAAUGUGGGCGGUGAGAGCGGUUUCAAAUAAAAUACUGACACAGCCUGAAA